GCUGCCUGUUUCUAUUUCCAAACAUCAACAAUUGAUUUUGAAUUGAAAAAUUUGAAAAAAUGAAAUUCAUUACCGCUUUCGUAUUUGCUUUUGUUGCCAUUAAAACGGUAACCGGCCAUGGUUAUGGAUCAUCAUUUCAAGGAAUUGGCUCUAGCUAUUCGCCAAUGUCUUAUGGUCAUGGCUCUUCAGAAAUGUCAUCUGGUUAUGGCUAUUCACCAAUGUCUUACGGUCACGGAUAUUCAGGAAUGUCCUCUGGUUAUGGCUACUCACCAAUGUCUUAUGGCCACGGUUAUUCAUCAAAGUCAUUAGGCUCUGACUAUUCACCGAUGUCUUACGGCCACGGUUAUUCAGGAAUGUCUUCUGGUUAUGGCCGUGGUUAUUCAUCAAAGUCAUUCGGUUCUAGCUAUUCACCGAUGUCUUAUGGUCAUGGCUCUUCAGGAAUGUCAUCUGGUUAUGGCUACUCACCAAUGUCUUAUGGUCAUGGUAAUUCUUGGGGUUACUAAAAAAUUAAUCAAAAAACUGCCAGUUUUUUUUGUUGAAUUUCUUUUUUCUUUUUCUUUUUUGUGUUACUUUUUAUCCCAUUUAUCUAUUUCAUGCAAUAAUUGAAAGAUUUUAUUCAUUUAAAAUUUUAUUUGUGCGUUGAAACAAUAUGAAUUGGAAAAA